CGGGAGGGGGGUGCUGACUUUGGGAGUAGCUAAUUAGCCAAUUAUGGGAAUGGUUAGUGGCUCAGCUUUCCCUUUAAAGCUUGGGCUUGUUAGGGAACUUUCUGGAAGGAUGCCGCAGAGCACAGAGGGACAAACACGGGGAGAGGGAAGAAAGCUGGGCUCCCUGGCCCCUGGGUGCCAGCCAGGGUGGGGCCCAGGCUCUGCCUGCUGCCCACCUGUCCUGUAGCCCCCACUGCCCUGCCUCCAGCCCCUCCCUGAGCUGAGAUCGGAACCGGUCUAAGGAAAGGAGGCCUUGGGUCCAGGCGCUAAGGGCCCAGCUUCUCCCUGACUUGUCAUGUGCCCUCCACUGUCAGGUUCCCGGAGCCUCAGGGGCAGACGCAGGAGGAGGGCUGGGGUCCUGCCCUAACCCGGCCCGUUAGGGACGGGAAGGAAGGAGACGGGUGUGGGGGAACUCCAGGAGGCCCCGGGGGGCCUGGAGAGGGGCGAGGCGUGCCUUCUGCCCCACGGCCUCCCCGGGGUGAUGGAUGGGUGGAAGGAGGCCUCCUGGAGGGGUGGGCUGGGGCUCCCUCCACCCCCACCCCCCGCCCAGCCUCUCCUCCCACCCCCGAUGCCACCCGUGUAGACUCACGAAACACACAGCCUGCCCUCACGGAGUCAUCUUUGAGAGGAGUCAGUGUUCCUGUGCCCCAGGCCCAUAUCCCCUGGGGGCUGGGUGGGUCCCGGGCAUAGCUGGGCAACUCAGAGACCUGGGCCUGGAGCCUGGCCGGCUUCCGGCAUGGCAUCCAAGGCUGGAGAAAGCUUGCUUUCCAUUGCUGGAGACUCUGGGCCUCAGUUUCCCCCACCCACCCCAGGCACAGUAGACCUGGCUCCUUGCAGCUGCCUCCCAGUCUGCCUGAAAGUUCUGAAGUCAGUUGGACUUCAGUUGGUUGGAAAGGGGUCUUGCUGCCUUACCUUCCCUGAGCGUGCCGGUCAGGCAGUGGGGCGUGGCACAGGUCAGCCAGGAGCUCCUGGGACCCCUCACCACUGAGCUUUCGGUCUCUGCAGCCCCCGGAGAGGGUAGACCGAGCCCCCAGCAGAGGCCGGCUCAGGCGGCUUGAGGCCGAGGGGCACCGGGCGAGGCGUGUGACCAGGGCUGCAGGAAGGAGGGAUGAGAGCGCAGAGCAGAGGAGAGAUGGGCCUUCCUGUUUACCCCCGGAGCAGCCGCUGGCCUCGGGAUAGGGUGACUCUGUCACCACGGCGGGGUCCAGCUUCUUGCCAGAUGUGCUGAGCCUUCACCAAGGGAUGCGCCGGGCCCGGUGACCUGUCUGUCCCCGGUGGGGGCUGGGCACCCCCGGGCCGGGUGAGCCGUCGAUGCCUGAGCUGGGCAAGGUCUCGAAGGGAACCCGACGUUUUCUAGGGAGCCUGGGGUCUUCAGUGCUCCGUCCUCCACCCCACUGCCCACGGGCCCCCGCGCGGCCUGCCUGCUGGAAACCCCCCGUGCCAGGCACCGGGCACGGCACUCACGAAAUAGCCUUCAGAUGAUGCAUCGGAGGCAGCCAGGGGCAGCCGGUGGGAAAUGAAAGCCCUGGUCGUGGGGUCCAGGGGAGCCUGAGCAGCGGGACACCCUUGGGGGACGCUUGGUCCCUUCUCCCUGCCCCCCGGGGCCCCACCUCCUGGGGACUGCCCAUGCCGUCACGAUACCCUUCCUGCGGCCAGUCCACCGCUGCUCAGGCCGGAGGCCCAGGAUGCCGCCUUUGCCCCGUCCUUCGUUCCCAUAGACCCCACGGGCUGUGCCUUCAGAACACGUCCCUCCUGCCACUGCCACAUUCUGGUCCAGGCCACCAUGCUUCUUACCUGGCUGACCUCCUCCUCGGCCCACGGGGUAGCCCUGUCCCCCACCCCGGUUUUUAGGGAGAUUUGUGAAGGUGACAUCAGACCGUGUGACGUCCCGUAAAGCCCAACAGAAGGCUUCCCAGCGCACUCGGACCAAGUCUGAUCCCUCACUCGUGUCCCGAUGCCCCUCCCUGAGCACCAGCUCCACGCUGCCGAGCGGGACCUCAUUUGUGCCGCUCACACGGGGACGGAGCUGGCCCCCUAGCAGGUGCGCAAAAGGCAGGGAGAGGCCACGCGGGUCACCCAUCACAAGCCCGCCCAGAUGCCCCCCCCCCAGGCGGCUGCACACGUGCGUCCUCACAGUGAAGAUGCACACCACGGGGAGCACGGGCAGCCAGCACCCCUCCAAGAGAGGCCCCGAGUCCGCCCCAGGCGCCCACGGCGUGGUUCCGCCUGCUUUCAUGGAGUUUCAAGUCCACGGCGCCGCACGGUGCCCGAGUGGUGUUGGCCUCUCCCGCUCCAUGGCACGUCUGUGGGCGGCCGGUGCGGCGGUGUGCCCACCCUCUGGGCAGCUCCGUGUUCCGCAGGGAGAACAGAGCAGGCCACGCACACCGCCAGCCCUGGCUCUUACCCGUGGCGCUGCUUUGGUGGUCUCUGUGCCCGCCUUCCGGCAUGGCUCCCGGGCGCCUGUCCCUGGGACUGUCUUGGGGGACCCGCUGGUCCGGGGAGACCUGUAACACCAGGGACUGCCCAGCAGAACUCCCGGUCACUCCCCCAGCGCCAGGGUACCCGGUGCCUCAUGCCCUCUUGGCACACUCUGAUGGUUUUGCUGUGGUAUCGCUGGAUUACUAUUUCUUUAACGGAGGGAGAAAGACUCAUCCUGUAGUGGAGACACCGAGGCAGGGUGAAAGCCAGGCACAGGACUCUUGGGGAGCAGCACAGCCCCCAGGGCGCCGAGCUCCGGGCUUCGGCGGGCCCAGCAGUCUGCAGGCUGCGGGCACGGUGGACGUCCCAGGGCGCUGAGUGGGUCUGGGCGGUGGAGAGAGAAGGGGCCGCCCGCUGGGGAGCGGGAGUGGGCUUAGGGGUCCCCCUGUGCAACCUCUGCUGUGGCUGUGCUCUGUGUUCCCGCUGCCAGGAGCCUCCAGGAAACACUCACCUCCGUAGUGCAAGGCCUGUUGGCCAGGUGGGGGGCCAGGUGCUGACCAUGGCCACGAGGUGGGCACUGGAUCCUGCCUGGAGGCUCACAGGGCGGGCAUUUGUGGCCAGGGCCCAACUGCCAGAGCCUCUUGCUGAGCAGGGAGAGCCCCUGGCAGAAUCCAAGACCCCUCCCGCCUCCCCCCAGUACCGCGGCCAGGCCCUCAAGGGUCACCUUCGGGGUGCUUGGCCCCCUGGCCAGGGUUUGUCCCAGUGCGGGCUCCUCUGGGCCCUGGGGGCAGCCCCCACCCCCUUGGGGCUCCCUCCUCCGUGGGGGCUGAGGAAGGGGGCUUGCCCCGGACCCCCACCCCCGGCCUGGCUCCCCGGACGGAAGCCCCACUCGCAGUCGGCCUGCAAUUUGCCAAGCCCAGCGGAUGGGGCAGCCGUUAACGCCGAGAGGAAAAAACACUUUAUCUCCCGGGACGGAAAGGGAAGCUCCUGAGAAGGGGGGCAGGUUGAUGGAGGUGGGCAACCGUUCAGCCCUGCCUGAGGGGGCCAUCCUGUCCCCGCCCUGCCCACCAGGGAGAGAGGGAGCCAGGCCCUCUGAAGCCGAUGAGAAGGACAACUGAGGCCCUUUGGCACCACGCCGCGUGCACAUGGGUCCUCAUGGGCUGUCACGCCUGCCCUGCCAGCUCCGGGCCGGGAUCCGACCCCCUUUACGGAGGAAUGACCUCUCGGGGCCACAGAGACUGGCGCGGGAAAAGCCUGACCUCUGACCCAGAGCUGAAGCUGUCCCAGGGCGUGGGCAGGCAGGGGUGCGGGGGCCAUGAGGGACAGAUGAGCCGGUCCCUGUCCCCCAGGCAGGCUCCUGGUACGUCAUCUGUGACUGCCCAUUGUCCCAGUGGCCAGGGGAAGCUGGGGCUGCUGGGAGGGGCGUCAGAAUCCCCUCCCCAGGGACACCGUGACACCUUCGGGGUUGUCACGGGCGCCAGUGAAGGCAAGGGCAUUAGAAGCUGGAAGGCUUCCCUGCCUCAGUUUCCCCAUGUGUCAGAUCAGAGUGUGGAGCGUCUGGGGGCCCUGGGCAGUGUGGGGGGGGGGGGGUCCGGAGGCCUCCGAAGUCCACCAAGUUGGGCGGUUUGUGCUGGGCCUUCCCAGGGUGGGGGGAGGAGGGGUCGGCAGCUUCCACCAGGUCCCCAGGGGGCCCGUGACCCCAAGUGCGGAGUCCAUGUGGGUGGCCUCGAAGCGUCUCCAGCAUCCCCCGUCCACGACCUCAGCUCCAAAGUUGCCUCCUGGAGCUUUGAGCGGUCGCCCCCGGAGCCCUCCCGUCCCGUCCCCGCUGUGCCUUCCGUGUCCAGACGUGUCCGUUCUGGAGUUUCACAUGAGUGGGAUCCCAUGCCGUGUGGCCCUUGUGUCGGGCUUCUCAGCACGUGCCAGGCUCGUGGGUUCCGUGGCGCGUGUCCGUGCCGCCCGGGGUGGUCUGCCUCGUCCUGUCUGUUCCUCAACCGGCGGACGUCGGGUCGUUUCUACCCUCUGGCUGUCGUGAACCCUGCGAACGCCCGCCCAGAUUUUUCCGCGGACGCGGACGCUCACUUCUCUCAGGGCCGUGAAGUGAUACGUGCUGGUUUUGAAAGAGCCGGUGGAUCGGAAGCACGAAAGCCGACGAGAAAGCGGUGCGUCUCGCGUCCCACCGCCUGGCAUUUGCAGGGCUCCUGCGUGCCCGCGACGCCCCGCCGUCCACAGGGGUGAGGGUGCACGGGCCUGCACAGAGCGGCUCCCGCCAGGCCAGCGCGUCCUCGAGGUCAAGCGUGCUGGGGGCUGAGUUACGUUUAACACUUACAACAAGACACGUACACUUUGCACAAGACUAUUUUUUACCGCGCUUUUGGGUUCACGGCAAUAUUGAGAGGAAAGCACCGCGUUUGCCUGUGGACCCCUGCCCUCACGGCGGGCUCCCCGCCACGGACACCCCACCGGGUGCUGCACUUGUCGCAGACCCACACGGACGCGUCGUCGUCACGCAGAGCCCGGAGCGUGCACGGGGCCGUCCGUCCCGUGGGUUUGGACAGACGUGGGAUAGCACGUACCUGCCGUUUCGUCUCCCACGCCGUGUGCUCGCCGCCCUACCGUCCCGAGCACACAGUUGCGUGUCCUUGCCGUGUGCGGGCCCAGGACGGGUGCCCGCCCGCCGCCAAGUGGGAUUCCGCGGUACGGUGACCGCGGUUUGUAACAGAAGUGGCUCACUUACGGUGUCUCCAAGAGUAAACACGGAAAUAGCACGCGGCACAGCCUGUCCGCUCCUGGGUCCGCGCGGGAAGGCGCUGAUGGCGGCACUGGAAGACGGAUGGUCGGACACCCGCCGCCCGUGGCUACGGUUCACAACAGCCACCUGUGCGCCCACCGAUGUGCGGGUCGGCGAGGUGGCAUUGCCACACCACGGGAUAUUGUUCAGGCACAAAAAGGCCUCAAGCGCCCACACGCACCACCACGUGGAUGGGCCUCAACGACGUGCACGUAGGAAGGGCGUUGGUGCGUUGGUGCGGACGGGGGGCCGGGGGCCGGGCGGCCCGCUUGCUGGGUGCGGAGCCUCAGGCUGGCAAGACGAAGCAUUUUGGGGGCCACGUGCCCGUAGGGGCCGCACAGUGGUGUCAGUGCAACAAUGCCGCCAACCUGUGUGUCGUGUACGCGCUCCCACGACUUGAGAGAAGUCAUAAUGGAAUGUGCCAGGGGCGCCCGGGGGGCUCAGCCGGUUACGCGUCCGACUUCGGCUCAGGUCAUGAUCUCGCGGUCUGUGGGUUCGAGCCCCGCGUCGGGCUCUGGGCUGACGGCUGGGAGCCUGGAGCCUGCUUCCGAUGCUGUGUCUCCCUCUCUCUCUCUCUCUCUCUCUCUGCUCCUCCCCCGCUCGCACUUUGUCGCUCUCUUUCUCUCAAAAAUAAAUAAACAUUAAAAAAAAUUUUUAAUGGAA